UGUUAGUAUUUAGUUAGGUCGUUGGUUUUUGGUUUAGAUACGAGUUUAAUAAUAUUAGCACCCCCUAAAGUUGUAAUAUAUAAAAUUCAGUGAAAGGUUUCGCCCUGUACUUGAUAUAAAAGUGAGGUGCAACCGCGCCGCGCCUCCGACUUGCCGACAUGACACCGUUCACGCGAUUGGCGGUGCUGGCUCUAGUGGCGUGUGCGCACGCGCAGUACCAAGAUGAGCGCGCGCCGCGGUACAUCGCGUCGGAGCCUAAAGCCCCGCCCACCACCCCCGUGCCUAUCCUCAAGCAAAUAAACAGAGAAACGUCGCUAGGCUAUCUAUACAGAUCCGUGUUCCUGGAUCACCUGAAUUUGUUGGCAGACCAACUGAAUGACACGCACAAUGAGGAUGGGUCCUACACUUACGGAUACGAGGCUGCCGAUGGAUCGUUCAAAAUUGAGACCAAGGCACCCAACGGAGAAGUCAAAGGCAAAUACGGAUACAAGGAUGAUACUGGCAAGGUCCGUGUGAUCGAGUACGGAGCCAACAAGUAUGGUUUCCAGCCAGCCGGUGAGGGCAUCACAGUGGCGCCCCCUACACUCGUCGACGAAACUAAAGAGGAGAGGCAGAGACAAAAGCAGCAGCAACAGCCUCAGCAGGCCCGCCGCAACCAAUACCAGCCAGCCCCAGCUCAGGCGAUAGACUACGACUACGAGGACCCCGCCCCACCUCCACCCAGGCCCCCUCCAGUCCCCCCAAAACCCGCACAGUACCGACCCCAGCCUGCCCCUGAGCCCCAAUACUCGGCACCUCCUCAGCCCCAGUACAGACCCCCUGUACAUCAGACUCAGCAACGGUUUGGAGUCCCGUCUCCCACACAGGCGCCGCAGUACAGGCCUGCUCCUCAGCAAAGCCCUACUCCUCCUAGGCCCGCAUUCUUCGCCGGCGCAGCUCCAGUGCCAGAAGAGAACAACUUCUUCAACCCUAACCAACAGCAGCCACAACGGAGACAAUACCAGAAACCGAAGCAGGACUUCAGACCUGCCCCUCAGUUCCAGGACUACAAUGACCCAUUCCAACCUCAACAACAACAGUUCGCAGUUCCAAAACCUACCAAGAACCACUUCUCCAUGUUAGAUGAACUCCUCAAGGAGUAUGCCCUCCCUGCCAACGGACCCCGAGCUGUCCACGACAUCAGCUUCGGAAGCUACUAGGCUAAGAAUAAAUCUCAAUGUCAUUUUGUAAAUAUGUAGACUAUUUUUUUAUUAAUAUUAAAAACAAACUCGUUUUGUUCGUUUUUUAUCAAAGACAUUUUGAUAAAAAAAUAUUAUCGGA